AUGACUAAACGGUCGGCAUCCCACUCGGACGAGAACUCCCACGGGGGAAAACGGCAUCAAACCGAGAGACUUUCAGAUUCUCACCAUGUCCAUGACCAGUUAGAGCCCAACACUAUGCGCCUCGCGAUGCCCAGCAUGUAUUUCAUCACUCGAUGGCUCUCUUCGGAAAUCAGCUCAAGUCUUCCUCCCAUUCCCAAAAUCCUGGACCAGAAGCUUGAAGAGACGGUUUUCCGCCAUCCAGCGUUCAGGCAGCUCGGGCCAAGCUAUGAACGUCUGGAAUGGCUGGGCGAUGCUUACCUAGAAUUAAUCGCAUCCGGCUUGAUUCACCAAACAUUCACGUCCACUGCUGCCGGCAGAUGCUCGCAACUACGAGAACUGCUGAUUCGUAACUCCAACCUUGCCCAGUAUUUUCGCGACUAUGGCCUGCAAAGCAAGGCUCAACUACCACCCGAGAUACAAAAGGCGACGUCUCAUGGCCGCGGGAGGUCCAAGGACAAGGACCUCGUCAAAACACAGGGCGACAUGUUUGAGGCGUAUGUAGCAGCUGCCAUCAUCUCCGACCCCGAGAAUGGCAUGGCGAACACAGUCUCCUGGCUGAAGACAUUGUUCGGGAGGACAAUCAAGGAUCAGAUUGUGCAAAACGAGGAGGCGCUCAAAGACCCAGUCGGCGGAGCGAAUCUGAUGACCCACCAUACCUAUCUCGCCGCCGCGGAUCAAGGCAGUAAAAUGACGGCCAGGGACCAGUUGCAGGACGAAAUCGGAAGCAAGGGUGUCAAAAUUCGGUACGAAGACAUUCCGGGAAACGCCAAGGAGAAGAAUCUACGCCUUCCCCUGUUUACAGUAGGAGUUUAUCUGGACGGUUGGGGUGAAAGGAAUAAGCUACUCGGGACGGGAACAGCUCUCGCGAAAAAGGAGGCGGCACAGAAAGCGGCAGCAGUAGCCCUGGCGAACAAGAAGCUUCUCAAGACGUACAAGGAGAAGAAGAGGAUCUUUGUCGAAGCUCUUCGGGCCGCAGAGGGUGACGAUGCGCAUCCAGCUGGCGGUUAA